GCUAUGGAAGGAGACGGGAGUCAAGCCACAUCCGGAAGCCUAAAUGACUCGCAGCAUGACCCGGGUAAAAUGUUUAUCGGUGGCCUCAGCUGGCAAACCUCACCAGAAAGCCUUAGAGACUAUUUCAGUAAAUUUGGAGAAAUAAGAGAAUGUAUGGUGAUGCGAGACCCCACGACGAAACGCUCAAGAGGAUUUGGCUUUGUCACAUUUACAGAUGCUGCCAGCGUAGAAAAAGUCCUAGCUCAGCAACACCACGAAUUAGACUCAAAGACGAUUGAUCCUAAGGUUGCCUUUCCACGUCGCGCCCAGCCUAAGAUGGUCACAAGAACGAAGAAAAUAUUUGUGGGUGGCCUUUCAGCCAAUACAGUAUUGGAAGAUGUCAAACAGUAUUUUGAACAGUUCGGAAAGGUUGAUGAUGCACUACUUAUGUUCGAUAAGGCUACGAACAGACAUAGAGGAUUCGGGUUCAUAACUUUUGAGAGUGAAGACAUAGUUGAGAAAGUCUGCGAAAUUCAUUUUCAUGAAAUCAAUAAUAAAAUGGUAGAAUGUAAGAAAGCUCAGCCCAAGGAGGUGAUGUUCCCGCCCGGAACACGGGGGCGAGCCAGGGGUCUGCCCUACACCAUGGAUGCCUUCAUGUUGGGGAUGGGCAUGCUGAGUUACCCGAAUAUUGUGGCAACAUACGGCCGCGGAUACACUGGAUUCGCACCUAGCUACAGCUAUCAGUUCCCCGGCUUCCCGGCGACGGCGUACGGACCGGUGGCGGCGGCGGCGGUAGUAGCGGCGCGUGGCUCAGGCCUCCCCGAUUAUGGGUUUUACUCUGCGCCCGGUGACCAAAGGGGGGGGCCCUGCUCCUUUGCUGACUAUGGCUCCCUGGGUCCCCAGGCGGCUCAGAUGCUGCACAGUGAGCAUGCCACCUCCGCCUGCAACUCCCCCCUCCAGCACCUACACAGCCCGGAUCAGUUUAAGAACCCAGCUGUUGGCAUUUACUCCAGCCAGCACAACUUCAACUGUUCCGCUUCCCCAUUGUGUUUGCUCUCAGGCGCCAACCCGUCCAGGCCCGGAGCUUUCCACGGCGCCAACAGCCCAGGGCCCGUCGCCGACCUUUACGGCCCCAGCAGCCAAGAUUCGGCCGUGGGCAACUACAUCAGCACCGCCAGCCCUCAGCCCGGUUCCGGAUUCGGCCCCAGCAUCGCCGGCCCCUUGAUUGCCACAGCUUUUACAAAUGGAUACCAUUGA